AUGUCAGCUACUUCCAAGACCACGAUUCCUGCCAAGAAGCCCACGAUCUCCCAUGAUGACCUUCUUGGAAUGUCAGCUUCGGAGAUCCGCCUUCUUCUCCUAGCUUCGGUUGUUCAAGACAAAGAUGCCAAGCCUGAUGCCGAACAGAUUGCCCUGAUAUGCGGUCUCACCAAGGGCAGUGUUAAGGUUUUGAUUCCCAAAGCCAAGAAGAAGCUCCUGGCCAAUAUCGAAGACGGCCUUAUUCCAUCUAAGUCUCCGGCCACGAAGCCUGUCGCCGCCAAACCCGCCAAGCCUGCCAAGGCUACCCCAACUAAGGCUCCUGCUGCCAAACGCCCCCGAAAGCGCAAGGCCGAGCCCGAGCUUGGGAGUGACGAUGAAUCCGAGUUCGAGGCCCUAGUCCGAGCCGAAUCUUCUGAGCCUGAGCAAGGACAGCAGCAGGACGUCCUGGGGUCUAUUCCAGAUGACUUUUAG